GAUGCGUUCUGCGCGGAGCUGCGCGCCGCGCUGGGCCGCGGGGACGCGGCGGCGCUGCGCGUGGCGCUGCGCGUGGCGCUGCGCGGCGUGGCGCCGGGCGUCCGCGCAGCCAAGCUGCGCCAGGCGCUCGAGCGGGACUUCCCCGGCCGCUGGGGCUACGUCGACGACGCCGCCCUCAGCCGCUUCGCGCCCAGGACGCUGGAGGUCGUCGCCCGCACCUGCCGUGUGUUUGUGCUGGACCUCCAGAGGAGCUCCCAGCGGGCGGCGCAGCUGGUGCACGCUCUGCAGCGCGACGGGGUAUUGGCGGUGGAGUUGUGCGGAGAAAAGGGGACUCCGUUAAUCCCCAACGCGUAUUCCAUGGACGACAAUUGGACUUUGGCGCAACUCUCAGACGAUGCUCAGGAGGCGAUUCUGGAUUCCACCGUGGAGUUCCAAGGCGACGCCUUGUUCCUGCGGGAGCUGCUGCCGACGUGGCCGCAGCUGCUGCAGGAGGUGGACGGCGCGCUGCUGGGCGUGCUGGCGCGGGGCGGUGGGGCGGCGCUGGGCGCGGCGCCGCCCGCCGCGGAGGAAGGCGUCUCCAUGGAGCGCGCCGUGCAGCACCGCAGCGCCCUCGCCCCCGCCGUGCUGCGCCUCCACUCCAGCACGGACCACCUGGCGUUGAGCGGCUUCCCCGAGCGGAUGCUGCAGGAACUAGGCCGAGCGCUCAACGUGCGGGACUGCACUCGGAACCUGUGGUGGACGGCGCUGGGCGCGGGCGCGGACCGGGCGGCGGUGAAGCGACUGCGGCACCUGGGCAACAACGUGCACUGGAUCGAGUGCGUGGGCGGCGAGGCGCUGGACGAGGCGGUGCUGGAGUGGCGGUGCUCCGUGGGCGACCCCGGCGCCGUCGCGCGCUUCGUGCGCCCGCUCACGGCCGAGUGCGCGCGCGCGCCCGAGUGCGUGCACGGGGCGGCGUGGGGCGUCGCCGGCGCCGCCGGGCUGCUGGUGGGCGAGGCGGGCGUGGGCAAGUCCUCGCUGCUGCGCCAGGCCGCCGCCGACGCCCGCCGCCGAGCGCCCGCCAGCUGGGCGGUGUUUGUGGAGGUGCUGGCGCACCGGGACUUCCUACGACGCCUGCCUGCCCCCGCAGAAUUGACGCUGGAACACGCGUUGGAGCUGCUGGCGGCGGCGGCGGGUGUCGCGGCGCCGUCCUGCCCUGGAAGCGAUGCGCCGCGGCGCUGCCUGGAGGCAGCUGUCCUUCACAGCGGGGCCAUCAGCGUAUUCGUCGACGGCGUCGACGAAAUCUCGCCCUUCUUCAAGGACAAAGUGCUGAAGCUGUUGCAGCUGCUGCAGGACGUUCGGAUGGAGGUUCUGUGGGUGUCGUCUCGUCCUGAGCAGGAGAGGUUCCUGCGCGAGCACUGGGGCUCCGUGCACGCGCGGCCUGCCGCGGAGUUUGCGGGCCUGGCCGCCGAGGUGGUGGGCGCGCUGCGCAUGUCCUCGCCCGGCCUCCUCGACGUCCUGCUGCACGUCAAGAUGGCGGCCGAGGCGCUGGCUGAACGCGCGGAGGCGGCGCUGCGGCCUGGCGGCGGCGGAGCCCCGUGGCACCAGGGGUGGAGCAGUCUCUCGCAGCUGUACCACUUCUUCGUGGAGCACAAGCGUGCCAUUUUCAUGGAGCGGCAUGGGCUCACGAGUGCCAACUGGGAGAACCUCUCGUACACCGACGAGUUCCAGGAGCGGCACCAGAUGUGUGCCAUGUACCUCAUGCUCUCAAGCGGGUCGUACGACGACGUUGACACGAGUCCCUUCCAAGAGUACAUCGCGUCGAAGAGCGAGCUGGUGACGAAGGAGAAGACCGGGAUCAUGUGGGCGGACGAGAGCGGGCUGCCUCGCUUCGUGCACUUCUCCUUCGUGGAGUACUUCGCGGCGCAGUGGCUGGCGCAGAACGCCGCCAGCUGCGCGGCGCAGGUCGUGCUGCGCUCGCUCUUCGCCGGCAGAGGGAGCGACUUCCUGGCCGCCAUGCUCGAGCGCACUCUCGUCGAACGCGCAGGCCCGGGGCGCGUGCUGCCGCUGCACGAGGCGGUGCUGUCCGGCGACGACGCGCGGCUGGCGGAGGCGUUGGCGCAGGCGAGGCGCUCCGGGGCCGACGUCGACGCCCGAGACGCGGGCCAACGAACAGCGCUGCAUCUGGCGGCGCACCGCUGCCUGCCGGGCGCCGUGCGGCAGCUGCUGGACGCCGGCUGCGACCCGACGCGCGCAGAUGCUCUGCUGUCUUGGACGCCCCUGCACUACCUCGACUGCUCCGCGGCCAAGCACGGGGGCUGGAAAAUGGACAGGAUGAGUGUGGGCGAGGCCCUUGUGGAGGCCGGCGCGAAGCCCGAAGCUCUGGAGAACUUGACAUCAUUAUUCCCGCCAACCUACGUCUACGAGGAUUUUGACGUUCCACCAGAUUUCCCAAAGAUGAUGUUGUUUUCGCUGCGGCAAGGCUGUACAUGUCGCUAUCUCACAGCUCUCAAGUUCGCCGUCAGACUUGGCUUCCCCAAGACGACGCGCUGUCUGUUGGAGGCCGGCAUGUCUGCAUGUGCUGGCGCUGUGGAGGGCGAGGAAGUCUCUGGGGACGCCGGGUUGAGGUCACGGAUCUGCUCACGGGGUGGAGACCACCAAUUAGCUGAGCGGUUUGCACUGAAAGUCGCUGUACCAGAUCUCAAGAUUCUCGAUUGUUUUCCUGAAAGAUUCUGGGAAUCCGUAUGUGUCCACGAGAAAUUCGCAUCGGAUUUCACUGCUCUUCAUUGCACUAUUGUAACAGGGAAACUGCGCGCGGCGGAGAGGCUGCUGGAGAGGGGAGCCGACGUGCGAGCGCGGACAUCUGACGGGUUCGAGCCCCUCCAGUGUGCCCUUAGCUCGAACAGUUUGCUGAAUGAAGACACCCGCCUCCAUGCCGCACGACUACUUAUGCGUUACGGAGCGGAUCCUAAUUGCGGCAACUUGAAUGAUGAAUGCAGUGGAAAUCUGACAAUGAAUGAAGCUGCACAUCUCUGUGGGGAAAAAGUACUCGAAUUAAUGGUUAAAAAUGGAGGGAAUAUCCAUUCAAGAAAUAAAGACGGUCGCCACCCACUUUUCUACGCAAAGGAUAUUAAUACUGUCAGCUACCUGUUAGAAAGCGGAAUAGAUCCUCACAUAAAAGAUGUAGAAGGUCAAGUAGCUUUGCAUAGCACUUCCUCCUUCGGACUGUUGAGUGCGGUGGAGGCGCUGCUACCGCUCUACGAAGUCAGCAUCACUGAUAACGUAGGCAUUUCUCCCUUGCACCUAGCAGCGGGGAACGGCCACACAGCAGUUGUCAACACGUUGCUGUCAAGGACGGAACAUGUCGAUAUCGUAGAUUGUCAUGGGUGCACACCGUUGCAUUUUGCAGCAAUGAAAAAACUCAACAUUCGAUACGUAGAAGGCGCGGCAAGUGUUAAACGUGUUAUAUCCGAUGAGCAACUUGAAGUGGCCUCUUUGCUGCUGGAGAGAGGCGCAGAUCCCAACAAGCAUACUUUUGCAAAAGUCACUCCUCACGAUGGUGGGAAGAAGGAAGGUUGUGGGAAGUCAGAUAAUCUUCUCUCUGUGACUCACCGCGAGUAUGGCGAUGUAGCAAGGGGAAGCACACCACUGCAUUGGGCUGUAAGUAGGGGGAAGAUGGAGAUGGUACAGCUUCUGCUGAAGCACAAUGCGUCCAUCAACAGUGUGGACAAACAUGGACGAACAGUGCUUCAUCUGGCAUCACAGAAAUGUGAUCCGGCGCUUAUAAAGUUACUUCUCGAUGAGGGCGCUGAUGCUUUGGCUUUGGACAGCAAAAAGCAGGCUCCUCUUCAUUACCUCUUCUUUUGGCGAACUUUAUUCGACAAUACCUUCGUUUACAGUUUAGUGAAAGAGAAAAGUGAUCCUUAUAAACUGGAUGAAAUGUCACCGCACGAGGACACAAGGCUGCCACAUGAAGUGGCGAGGCUAUUGCUCGAGAACAACGCGAAUGUUGAGCAAAAGGAUGCAGAAGGGCGCUCGCCGCUGCACUUGGCGAUGCUGCGGGGAGAUGCCGAAAUUGUGCAGGUACUUUUGGAACAUGGUGCCAAUCCUCAGCAUCUGAAUGAUACCCGUGAGGCAUCUCUCUGUUUUUUUAUUCAAUCUUACUGUUUGGAUACAAGUAACAUUAUUCAUCACAUGCUAGAGGCCGGAGAUGAUCCUAAUGGUCUGGACGAGAAAGGCAACGCUCCCUUACACCAUGCGGCAAGGAAAGGAAAACUCGAUGAGGUGAAUCUUAUCCUGCAGUACAAUGCGAACAUUGAACAGAAGGAUGCGAAAGGUCGCACCCCACUGCAUCUAGCGAUUAAAUAUCGACACCCUGACCUCAUUACAUUAUUUCUGGAUUACGGUGCAAAUCCGUUAGAAUUGGACAAUGAUCAACAGGAACCCCUUAAUUACGUUCUUAUGAGCGACAUAUGUGUCAAUGGACUCGAAGAAAGGCUACUAAACGUGGGGGCAAAUCCAAAUCGAAUAGAUAUUCACGGAAUGUCGCCACUGCACCACGCGAUGAGACAAAGGCAGAUCGAAGUAGUGAGGCUUAUGCUAAAACACAACGCAAAAGUGAACUUAAAGGACUCGGAAGGAUGCACGGCACUACACUACGCGAUGCAUUCUGACUGGCCAUUGUGGGAAGGUUAUUCUCCAACCAUCUCAGAAACGGGUAAGUACGCUGAUGUGAAACGAGUCGACCACGAACUACAGCUUGAGAUAGUGAAGCUUUUGCUGGACCACGACGCUGAAGUGGACGUGAAAGAUGGGGAAGGUUGCACGCCACUACACUUAGCUUCUCGAGAUUGUGAUCUACAAGUCGUUAAGCUUCUUUUAGAUUGUCAUGCCGACCCUUUAACCUUGGACAACAAACAUCAAGGACCCCUCAACUACUUGUAUAAACGACGCAUCUGGUUCGGUGCAGAAAAUAUUCCUGAGGUAUUACUUAAUGCGGGGGCGAAUCCACAUUGCCUUGAUGAGGACGGGACUUCGCCGCUGCAUCAAGCAGCUAGAAGAAAUCAUUUGAAGGCUGCGAAACUUUUUCUAAUGCACAAAGUAAACGUGGACCAGAGGGAUAAUAAUGGACGUACACCGCUGCACCUGGCGAUAGAAAAAGAUCACCGCGAAAUGGUAGAGCUACUUCUGGAUCACAAUGCAAACCCCUUGGCGUUGGACAAGUGGGAACAAGGAUCUCUUAAUUACAUAUUUAAGAAUAAGCAAUGGCAAACAGCUCUUGUUGCAAUCUUACUUAAUGCGGGAUCGGAUCCAAAUCGCCUGGACCAAGAUGGAAGUGCGCCACUGCAUCAUGCUGUUAGAAGAAGGGAUUGCGAGGCCGUAAAACUUCUGUUGAGCCACAAGGCAUGCGUGAAUAUGAAGGAUGCAAAAGGGCGUAGUGCGUUGCACCAAGCUGUGACCAGAAAUGAUCCUCGUAAUCUGAUGAUGUUGCCUAUUGACGUCCACAUUGAAGAAUCAAACAUUGAUAGUGGAAGAGAGCUUGAGAUUGUUCAGCUGCUGCUGGACCAUAAAGCGGCUGUAGAUGAUGCGGAUGCAGAGGGACGCACAGCAAUCCCUGAGUCUGAGUUUCUAAAUCAUGAAGAUACAGGACAUGGUGAUAACGCUGUAGAGGAAGUUGCGAUUAUAAUUGUGAGGCUGCUCGUCGCCGAAUUAUAA